AUGAAGAAUUCCAAUAAUUCCAAUAAUAUAGAAAAAUAUGAAAGUCUACUCAAACCCAAUUUGAGCAUUGAGGAAGUACCAAUAUCUUUGGUACCAGAUUCAGAUAUUGAUCUCUCAGAGAGCCAGUUUCAAUUACUAGACUUAUUGCAUAUAGUUAUUUUGAUAAUGACUAUUAUAAUAUUGAUUAUGGUGCUCAAUAUUCAUGCAGCAGCAGCAGCACCUUGGAAUAUCAACCAGUAUGUAUAA